ACACAGGAUUACUUUGUUUUUGUGAAUGCUUUGGAAGGCACUCUUGUAUUAAGAAAAUCAUUGGAUUAUGAAACUCUCACUAACUUCUCCGUUGAUAUUCGUGCUCAAGAUCAAGGUAGCCCACCUCGUUCAUCAACAACAACAUUACAUGUAAACGUUGGCGAUGCUGAUGAUCAAAAUCCAGCUUUUUUAAACGAUCAAUAUAAAGUCACUGUACCUCGUCAUGUCAAAGGAAGGAAACCGUUAAGAGUAAUACCUGCUGCGAUAAAAGCCGUAGAUCAAGAUGUCGGCAUAAAUGCAGCAGUCCGAUAUACGAUACAAGGUGGAAUUUUACCUUUUCUGGAUUUGAAUCCUGAGACUGCUGAAAUCGUCAUGAUUCGUUCGCUGCAGGACCACGAACUAAUGACACCAGCGACUAUUGUUAUUAAGGCUACUCAAAUAAAUAAUGCGGAUAGAUAUGCUCUUGCCACAGUUAUUGUCUCGCGAGAAGAUGCGGUUGGUCCAACAGCAGGUGGCCGAUUACCCGUAAAAUUUAUGCUGAAGAAUCAUGAAACGAGUGUACCAGAGGACACGCCACCCGGUAGUGUUCUUCUAACGACGGGAGUCAACAAAGCCGAUUCUAACUUAAAAUUCUGGCUGGUGGGGCCUAUGGAAGAUUUAGAGAGAUUCUCGAUCACUAAUUCCGGCGAGUUAAUUCUCAAAGGCAAUUUGGAUUAUGAGCGACGGAUCCAGCACAGCUUUUUGGUUCACGUCACGGACGGAUAUCAUAAUGAUACGUCACGCGUGAACGUUUCAGUCGAAGAUGUAAACGAAUGGGAACCUCGAUUCCGAUAUCCCCGAUACGAAUUUCACGCUCAUUCCGCGAGAGAAGGCUCCGUCAUAGGAAAAUUAGAAACGGCUGAUGGCGAUAGAGGAGAUAACAUCAGUUUAUCUCUCAAAGGACAAGAUGCGAGAUCCUUCGAGAUUAGAGGUAAUGGAGAACUGGUGCUAAGAUCUUUAAGUUCAUUUAACGGAACUUUGGCUCGAUUUAUGGCGAUAGCUUCUGACACUGGAAAACCAUCUAGAUCCAGCACCGUUCCAGUCAUCGUUCACGUACCAAAUGGCGGUUCAUUGCCGAUUGCUGCGAGAGCUGCACCUGCUUGGCUCGGGAGUAGUGUACUGUUAGUUGCAAUAUUCGGCGCAGUUUUGGGUCUUCUUGGUGUUGUUAUACUCAUUCUCAUCCUUUACAUUUACAAACACAAAAAGCCAAAAAGUGGUGGUUCGGUCAGCUCUGUGGGUACUGGAUAUCGCGAAAAAUCACCGGUUCCCUCAGCUCUAAGUCCAACUCCGCAAGUGUUAGGUGCCAACGCUCUUCAGGACGUUUUGGAGGGCCCGCGAAAUCGGCGUCAUGAUAUCGACGGCAAUGAAAAUGAUAAUGUCGAUAGUCGCAACGAGAUUGAUAAUCCCGUUUUCGGAGAAACCAAUGAGAGCUCAUACAGCGCUACGAUCAAAAGUAUAGCUUCGGCAAGACAGUUACCGCUGUACACCAGGCAUAAAGUGGCGCCUGCUCCAAAUCCACCAGCUUUAUCAGCUACUUCAAACAUUCCCAAUAUCGGUGGGCUGGUGCAGAAUAUGAAUGAUUUGAGUGCUAGAACGAAUCUGGAUGCUGGAUCCCACGACUCUUCCAAUUAUUCGGGAGACCCUCCAGAUUCUCUGAUGCCAGCGUGGCCUGCUAGUUCAGCUUUGCCAAGAAUUAAAAAAUUAUCUUGGGACGAUGACGAUAGGACCGUGGACAGCGUCGAGGUCGCGGCGGAAACGCGAACCGGAGACAAUCAAGCUGGCAACGAGAGGCUCAAUCUCACUGUGUACUUUUAA